AUGCUCGCCCUCGCCAACCCGCGCCCGGCCCUCGCCACCACCGCCACCACCACUGCCACCAGCGCCACCAGCACCAGCACCACCCGCCGCCUCCCCCGCCGCCUCCUCUCCGGCCGCACCCACGGCCCAGACGCCGGCCGCACGCCCCGCCACCUCGUCCGCGCGACGACGAGUCCUCUUUCGUCGAGCCGCCGCGUCCGUCGUGACGACGAUGGCGAAAGCGACGAUGCCGACUCGUUCGACAAUGCGUUCCUCGACGAUGACGGCGACGGCGAUGCGAUUCCGCUGGUGCCGAUGGGGAAGACGAAGGAGGAGAAGAGGCGGUCGGGGAGUGCGGCUGCGGCUGCCGGUGCACCAGCGGGGGGGAAGAGGGGGGGUGGCGAAGGGGGAGAUGGGAAUGGGGAUGGGGAUGGGAACAAUGAUGUUGGUGUUGGUGUUGGUGGUCGGGAGAAGAGGAGGCGGAGGGUGUAUCGGUACGUCAGCCACGGGAUUGGCGGGGCGGGAAACUUCCGUGAGUCUUGA